AUGUACUUGUCUGUGCGUUUGCUGAUUGGAAAAUAUCUAGGUAUUACGGUGUUAGUAUUGCCUCUUUUCCGGACUUCUUUGACUACCGGUAGAGAACCUAAACUUACCACAUCUGAUAGAAUUGUCUGGGCCGCUAUUCUCAUGUGCCACGCAGCGUGCCACAACUUCACAGGUCUUAUGAUCACCCGAUUCUUCCUCGGUGCCUUCGAAGCAUCUAUCGCCCCGGGAUUCUCCCUGAUAACGGGUAUGUUUUACACCCGACGCCAGCAGCCGCUCCGAUAUGGGAUAUGGUUUGCGGGUGGCUCCAUGGCCACCUUAUUUGGAGGACUGCUUUCAUACGGCGUCGGACAUAUCGCCGGCAGCGUAGCUGCAUGGCAAUAUCUGUUCCUAAUUUUCGGUGCCAUCACUGCUAUCUGGGGCAUCGUCAUGCUUUUCUUCCUGCUAGACACACCAUCCACAACAUUUUGGCUAACCUCCGGCGAAAGAUCGACUGCAAUCCACAAUAUCAUGACUGACGGCCAGCCCGGUGCGAAAGCUUCCUACAAGAUGUCGCAGGUAGUCGAAACCCUACGAGACCCGCUCACUUGGUGUCUAAGCCUCUACAGCUUCUGCGUGAACAUCGCCAAUGGUGGCCUAACAACCUUCGGGUCGCUGGUUGUGCAAGGGUUCGGAUACGAAGGUCUCCAGGCCCUCCUGAUCCAAAUGCCCACCGGUGCCGCCCAGCUAUGCUUCGUUAUAACAAGCGCCGUGCUGUGCUCUUAUAUCCCAGAUAUCCGCGCGCUGACUAUGAUGGCCCUUGCGCUGAUCAGCUUGGUGGGAAUGGUGCUUAUGUAUGCUCUAGAGGACAGCAACCAAGCGGGCCGUGGUUAA